GAGAGCUUUCUUUCUUUCUUUCUUUCUCCUCUUUUCUUUUCUCAAAAUUUCCUCAUCAACAAAGCCUAAUUCUUCCUUAAGUACCAUUACCGAAUUCGAUUAACGUAACCCUAUUUGAGAAGUUCUGUACAAUUUUUGUGCAGAUCAAUCAUAUUCAAGACUAUAUUUGUUCUUCCUGUCAAAGAUUGAAGCAGGUAACUAAUUUUGAAGGUCCAGCUAAUACCAAAGGUUACUGGUAUUGCCUUAAAUGUCAAUGGCUCCGAGCAAGAUCCGAAGAGCUCUUGGAGUGGUCAAGGACCAGACCAGCAUAGGCCUAGCCAAGGUCAAUAACAGCAACUCACUCUCUGAUCUUGAUGUGGCGAUCGUAAAGGCUACCAGACACGAAGAAUACCCCGCCGAGGAGAAGUACAUUCGUGAAAUACUGAGCUUAACCUCCUACUCUCGCACCUACAUCAGUGCCUGUGUCAACACCCUCUCCAGGCGCCUCAACAAGACCAAGAACUGGAUUGUUGCACUCAAGACACUCAUUUUGAUUCAGCGUUUGAUCGUUGAGGGUGAUCCAGCGUACGAGCAGGAGAUCUUCUUCUCAACAAGACGUGGAACUCGCCUCCUCAACAUGUCUGAUUUCCGCGAUGCCUCUAAAUCAUAUAAUUCAUGGGAUUACUCUGCAUUUGUGCGCACUUACGCGCUUUAUCUUGAUGAACGGCUUGAGUUCAGGAUGCAAGGCAGGCGUGGCAAGCGAAGUGUGUUUGGAUUUGAUGAAGAAGAAGAUGAGGAAGUGCCUGCUUAUUCGAAAUCUACGCCUGUUCGUGAGAUGAAGACUGAACAUGUGUUCUCAAAGGCACAACAUUUCCAGCAGCUCCUUGAACGCUUCUUGGCGUGUCGCCCAACAGGUGCAGCAAAGAACAACAGAGUUGUCAUAGUAGCUCUCUAUCCAGUGGUGAAAGAAAGUUUUCAGAUAUAUUUUGACAUAACAGAGAUAUUGGGGAUCUUAAUAGAUCGUUUCAUGGAGUUAGAAGUAUCUGAUUCUAUCAAAGUUUAUGAGAUCUUCUGUCGAAUUUCGAAGCAGUUCGACGAGCUGGAAACAUUCUAUGCAUGGUGCAAGACCGUUGGCAUUGCGCGCUCGUCAGAAUACCCAGAGGUGGAGAAAAUCACACAGAAGAAGCUUGAUCUCAUGGAUGAUUUUAUCCGAGACAAAUCCGCAUUGGCACAAACUAAGAGGGAUAGAUUUCUUGAAUUGAAAAAUGAGCCAGAAGAGGAAACUAAAGAUGAACAAGAACCAGCAGAAGCAGAGGAAGACAUGAAUGCUAUAAAGGCACUACCAGCCCCUGAACGUGUCGCCGAGGAAGAAAAGAAAGAGGAACCCAAGGAACCAGAGAAAUUAAGGAAUCUCCAACUGGAAGGUGAUCUGUUGAAUUUAGGAGAGGAUGAAGUGACAUGUGAAGACCAUGCAGAUAAACUGGCCUUAGCUUUAUUUGAUGGUGGUUCAGCUCCUGAGCCUGCACAAGCUCCAGCGUGGGAAGCAUUCAACGAUGACGGGGACUGGGAGACGGCGCUGGUUCAAUCUGCAAGCAAUUGGUCCUAUCAAAAGCCUUCACUUGGUGGUGGUUUUGAUAAGUUAUUACUUGAUGGGAUGUAUCAACAAGGGGCGGUGCAGGCGGCAAUGGCAAGUGCCGGUGUAAGUAAUGGCAGCGCAAGCAGCGUUGCGAUCCCUUUGGCUGGACAGCCUGCCAUGUUGGCACUGCCAGCACCACCGGUGACUGAUGGCAGCGCCAUAGCUUCAACGAGCGUAGACCCAUUUGCAGCGUCGCUGGCAGUGGCUAUGCCACCGUACGUGCAAAUGUCAGAGAUGGAGAAGAAGCAGAGACUGUUGGUGGAAGAGCAGCUAUUGUGGCAACAGUAUCAAAGGGAUGGGAUGCAAGGACAGAUUGGAUUGUCAAAGCUACAACAGCCUAGUCCAUACAACAUGGGAGGUUACACACAAUACCGUUAUUGAAGAAGUUGCUUAAGUAG